AUGGGGCGACCAGGAUCUUCGCCGUCGUCGCAGGAAAUGCUGCAGGCGAAGCGGCCACGUAUGAUGCGACCUGCACGCCCCGCAACACAUGCUGGGGAAUUGUACGUCGUCUUGCUGUCCCAGAUCAAGCUGCCUUCACCAAAGGCAUCGCCAACAACCAAGGCGGCCCGCCCAGGCACCAGCACCAGCACCAGCAGCAUGUCAGCGUUCCUCCUCCAACAACAACAACAACAACAACAACAACAACAACAACAACAACAACAACAACAACAACAACAACAACAACAACAACAACAACAACAACAACAACAACAACAACAACAACAACAAGUGCUGCUUCCUGUUCGACAAGGCCAUUCGGCAAGAGCAACAACCACAACAGCAUCCACAACAGCAUCUACACCAAGAUACGCAACACAAACCACAACAACAUCAACGGCAGUGCCCACAGCAACAUCCACAACAAGAUCAACAGCGACAUCAACAGCAGCGUCCACAGCAGGACGAACAACUGCAGCAGGAACAGCUGCUCAGCAAGCACCAACCCUCACGUCCUCUGCGUCCAUGCCGUCGUCCUCUCCAUUUCCAUCCUCAUUUUCGUCGUUGCAUACGUCAACUCCACCAGCCCAAUUUCACGCACAACAACAGCAGCGGCAGCAAGGCCCGCCCAAGAGGAUGCUGACGUUGAAAGAGAAGACGGCACUGACUUCCGUGUUUAUGGCUCCGCCAAACCCUCAGGCGCCUCGAAGACACGCACUGCAGCCCGUGUUUCCACCUGCUUCAAUGGGCCAUGUUACUACCUCCAAUCAACUGCGGGUUACGAGCACACUCGCGACGACACAGCCAUCGCCAACACCGUCCACAAACACAUACCCAUCAGUAACAACAGCUACAGGCACGCCUGUGACCACAACGUCAACAUCAACGUCAACAUCAACGUCAACAUCAACGACGCCUGCACCUGCACCAGCACCUGCACCAGCACCUGCACCAGCACCAACGCCAACAGCGGCGUGGUCGCGGCCACAGACCCCAACAGCAGCAACGCGGCAGCCGCCGAGUGCGCCACCCAUCGUGUAUGACGGGGACGCCAUUGGUGUGUUUCUGAGCGCGGAGAGCGCAAAUGCCAUGGUGCGGUCGCGGGUGCGCAAGUGGCUUGCCUCGCAUCGCGUCAUCUACGACCACAGCGAGAAAACGCACGGAGACGAGCGCCUGCUGGACGUGGUUGUGCAGAGCCACACCACCAACAUGCACAUCCGUGUCAAGCGCAUCGCUGUCAACUCCGUGCAGGGGCUCGAGGCAGACCUGGGCCCCGGCGCUGUCGUGUUUCUGGCCAUGUUCUGCGAGCGCUCCCCUUGCGGAACAUUUGCCGUCGACACGAUUGGCAUGUAUCGGUCCAUGGUGACAGCCAACAUGGCGCUGUCCUCAUAUGAGCCGGCCCAUGCGUCGUGGGUGCGUUCGCCGGUGCCACAGCCCAGCAAGAACGGGUGCACGUCGCUAUGCGGCCAGGCCAGCGACGGCCGCAGCCUGCAAGUGUGGGUGCGCAAGCUGGUGAUCCGCGUGGAGAAGAGGAUGUGUGCUUCAGUCGAGCAUCGGCACCUGCUGUUUGGGCGUGAGGAGCUCCCAGCAUACUCCCGCGCCCUUGGCAAGCUGGCGGAGUUUCAGACACGCGAGCUGGCCCUGGCGGAGCUGAAGCGGAGGGCCGGCGCCGGCACCGCAGCGUCUGCACAGCCGCAUAUCAAUGGUGGUGAUGGUGGCGGUGAGAGUGGGACUGAUGGGGAUGACAAGGGUGACGGAGGGGACUUGCGGGAAGAAGCGAGCGGAGCAAGUGACGACGGUGGCGACAGAGAUGGAGCACGUGGGGCAGGCAAGGGUGGCAUUCAAGGUGAUUGUGGCCGUGGUGAUGAUGAUGAUGAUGAUGUGCGAAGCAGUGAUGUGCGAAGCGGUGAUGUGCGCAAUGGCAGUGUGGGUGGAGGAGGUGGCCAAGACAUGGUUGGUGGGGAGAAGGGUGCUGGGUGUGGGAUAUCGGAAUCCAUGGAAGCUGCGCUGGAUGAUGUGGGCGGGCUCGCCGUCACCGACGGCAUAUGCAAGCGCACGUUUUGGGUGCGAUCCGUCACCACAUAGUCUUUGCGACGCUUGUGGGCUAACUGUGUGUUGAGUGCGGUUGGUUGGUGUGCCUCUAAAACAAAGAGAACACGCACCACUGUAAUCAUCAACACCAGAAC